UUGUUAAUUCGCGUCAGAUGCGCAUCACGCUAAGUACGCGCGCGAUCGAUCCUUCCAAGAUUCCGUCUUUUGGGGCCGGUAUGCACGGAGUCCGAACAGAUGCUUAGUUUACAUCGCAUAUCGUAUAGCAAAAGGCCGUCUCACCGAUGGUCUGAGGGUGGCCUGUUGACCAUGGCGGGUAUGGAGAGGUGGGCCUCGAUAGCGGUCUUGUUCCGCACUACAACGACGACGUUGCACUUUGCGAAAGAAGAGCUCGACCGUGAAACUAUGCAACGCCAUGUGCCUCCCUCUUAGUUAACAUCGAAGACAGAAGCGUGCAUGUGUUCAUUG